AUGGGUAAAUUAUUUGAUUUAUUGUCACAUCCUGAUGAAUUAGUGUCUGUAAUCCAUUUAUUGGGAUUCAGAAAGACCUUACAUAAAUCUGAUAGAAAUGCCAUGAGACCUUCUUUGAAAAGAUGUUAUGAAAUGCUUUUCAUUACUUCAAGAUCUUUUGCAAAAGUUAUUGAAGAGUUACAUCCAGAAUUGAAAGACGUUGUCAUGAUUUUUUAUUUAUUAUUAAGAGCCUUGGAUACUGUUGAAGAUGACAUGUCCAUUGACCCAAAAAUUAAAGUUCCAUGGUUGAAAAAUUUCUCAUCUUUACUUAAAUUGAAAGAAUAUCUGUAUCAUGAAGUUGAUGAAAAGGAAAGAGAUAGAGUUUGUUUAGUUGAAUUCACUGAAAUUUUAACUGAAUUUCACAGAUUGAAACCAGAAUAUCAAGAAAUCUUGGCUGAUAUUUCUAAAAGAAUGGGUGAUGGUAUGGCUCAUUAUAUUGUUGAUGAACAAUUCAAUACCGAAGGUGUUGCUACCAACAAAGAUUUUGAUUUAUACUGUCAUUAUGUUGCAGGUAUUGUUGGGGAAGGUUUGACUAGAUUAUUCAUCUUGGCCGGAUUUUCUGAUGAAUCAUUAGCUAAAAACAAUUAUGAAAAGGCCAAUUCAAUGGGUUUGUUCUUACAAAAAACCAAUAUCACCAGAGAUUUUAAUGAAGAUUAUCUUGAUGGUAGAUCAUUCUGGCCAAAGGAAAUUUGGAGUAAGUAUACCGACAAAUUAGGUAAUUUUGCUGAUAAAGAUAACGAAGAAUAUAGAAUUAAAGGUGUUCAAUGUAUUAAUGAUUUAGUUUUAAAUGCUUUACAACAUUGUGAAGACGUUUUACAUUAUUUAUCAUUAGUUAAAGACCCUUCAUCAUUCAACUUUUGCGCCAUUCCUCAAGUUAUGGCUGUUGCUACUAUGGAAUUAGUCUUCAAUAAUCCUGAUGUUCUUUAUGGGAACGUUAAAAUCAGAAGAGGAACUACCUGUCAAUUAAUAUUACAAAGUAGAACUUUCCCUGAUGUAGUAAAACUUUUCAGAACUUAUUUGAGAAAAAUUCAUCAUAAAGCACCAGUUGAAGAUCCAAAUUAUUUCAAAAUCACUACUAAAAUCGCCAAAAUCGAACAAUUCUGUGAUCAAUUGUAUCCAGAUCCAAAAAAUAUUCCUGCGGGAGCCAAGGUCACCAACAACUAUAGUGAAAUCAUCAAAUCAAGAAAACCAAUUGAUGAUAAAAUGCAAAAGAUUAUUCAAUCAGAAACUUUUAAAUGUUAUUUAUCGAUAGCUUCAAUUUUUUCAUUAUUUGGUGGUGUGUUAUAUUACAUAUUCUUCUAG